AUGCAUAGAACUCGAAUGUUUAAUGCUAGUUUGGAAGAAGAAAUCGUGUUCUCAAUCGAAACUUCGAAAGAUUUACCAGUUUCUGUACCUGCGAACUCAUCUUAUGGCAAGCAUCAAGAAAAAAAGGUUUAUCAGCAGAUGAAAAGCGGUCACGUACUUCAAAAUUUUUUUGAUGAAAUUAAGAUGAAAGAUCUCGAAAAAAUCGCUCCAAAGCAAAAGGGAAUUGUUCCACAAUCAGUGAAAGAAGUAACGCAGAUAUUAGUUGAUGAAGGCUUAGUUGAGUGUGAAAAGAUUGGUACUUUUGUGUGCUAUUGGGCUUUUCCAUCACAGGCAACAAUUAUGCGAAAGAGACAACUUGAAGAAUUGGAUGGACAUAUUUCAAAUUUGGAAACUAAAGUGAAUGAAUUAAGAGACGAAAUUGUGGUGGCAAAAAAAAAGAAAGAAGUAACUGAAGAAAGAAAGCAGCUUGAAACCGAAAUUCAUGACUUAAAAUUAAAGCACCAAGUACUGAAAGAAAAAUUAGAUAAGCUUAAUGAGGAAGGUCCUGAAGCUAUCCGGCACUUGGAAAGCGGCAUUGCUAAAGCGCGUGAUGAUGCGAAUCGAUGGACGGAAAAUGUAUUUGCGGCAAAAAAGUGGUGCAAAAAAAAAUUUAACAUGGAAGACAAAUUAUUGAACACGCAAUUCCAAAUACCUCCGGACCUUGAUUAUAUGGAUUAA